AUGAAUGAAUUAAAUUAUUUAUAUGAACAAGUUUAUGCUAAAAAUAUUAAUAAUCAUUUUAAUAUAGUUAAAUUAGUUAAAAAAGGAAUAUCAGGUACACCAUUAUUUGUAACAGUAUCUGAAUUACUUUCUAAAUCUAAUAUUUUACAUACAAAUAUAGCAAGUAAAUUAAGUUUAUUAGGAGUUGAAUAUUUAGAAUUAGCUAAAAAAGAACAAGAUGCAGAAUUUUUAAAAAAAUUAGGAGGAACAAUAUCAAAAACAUAUGGAGAUUUAUUUGAUGUUGAUAAAAAUAAUUUAUUACCAUUGGAAAAUUACUUUUCAUUCUAUUUAAAUUUUAUUUCAUAUUAUUGGAAUUUAUAUAGUGAUGUAUUAGAUAGAAAAUUACUUAAAUAUGUUUCUGUUAGAUUUUUAUAUUUAUAUGCUCGAUUAGUACAUGAUUCUGCAUAUGAUGUUAGUAGUUCAAGAGAAGCUGAAUAUGUUCAUCAAGUUUUAAUUGAAAAUCAAAUUCCAUUAACAAAUGAUAUUUAUCAUUGUUUACUUGUUAUUUAUGCACAUACUGGUAAACAAGAUUUAUGUGAAAAUUUAUUUAAUACUAUUAUUAAUAGUAGUAAUGAUAAUAUGAAUGAUAUGAAUGAUAGUAAUGAUAUGAAUAAUAUAAAUUUAAAUAAUAUCAAUGAUAUGAAUAAUAAUAUGAAUAAUAUGAAUAAUUCUAAUAAUUCUAAUAAUUCUAAUAAUAAUUCUAAUAAUAUUUAUGAUAGUAAAAGAACAAUUUAUCAAUCAAUGGUAAAUGCCUAUUCAAUUAUGGGUAAUUUUGAAAAGGCACUUUAUUAUGCAACACAAGUUAAAAUGAAUAUUGAAGUAUUGAAUGCAUUAUUAAAAUCAGUUGCAACAUUAUGUUUACCAAAUAUGAGAAAUUUAAAUGAUGAAGAUUAUAUAUUAUCAUGUUUACAAAAAACAAUACAAUUAUUUGCAGAUCAUUCAAUUCAAUAUGAUGGUAUAACAUUGAAUACAUUAAUUAAUAUAUAUGGAUUAUUAGGUAAAUUACCAUAUAUGAUAAAACAUUUUCAAAUGUUAGUUGAUAAUAUAAAUUUUAAAGAAUAUGUUAAUGCUAUUACAUUUACAACAGUAAUUAGACAUUUAUGUAUGAAUGAUCAUUUUGAUUCAGCACUUGAUAUGUUUAAUCGUAUGAAAGAAUUAAAUAUUAAACCAACACGUGUAACUUAUAAAGUAUUACUUGAAGGAAUGAUAUUAACAGGUAAAGAUUGUUUACCAAUGAUUAUGCAAAAUAUGAAAUAUGAUAAUAUUAGUAUGGAUGAUCAUUUAGUUGGAUCAAUUGUUUUAUAUUAUGCUAGUAGAACUAGAAAUGAACAACAAUUAAUGGAUAUAUUAAGUGUUGUUGAUAGACAUAAAAGUGAAUAUACUCCAAAAGUUUAUGAACAUUUAGUUUUAUUUUAUUGUAAAAUUAAUAAUUUUUCAAGAGCAAGAUUUUUAAUUUAUGAAAUGUUAGAACGUGGUGUUACUCCUACAAUGAGAACAUUUACACAUUUUAUUACAUUUUUACAUACACAUAUGGAUUCAUUUGAUUUAUUACAUAUUUUAUUACCUAUUGAACAAGAUAUUGUAAAUUAUAUUACACAAAGAAAGAAGGGUGAAUUAAAUAGUUUAUCUAAUACUAUUUUUGAUGGUAAAGAUUUAGGUAUUGGCCUAAGUUUAUUACAAAUAAUGUUACAAAAAGUUGAUUUUACACAAUUACAAACUAAAAUUGAACAUUUAUCAAGAGAUCAUUAUUUAAAUAAGAAUGUUUCUUAUAUUUUAUCAGGUUUAAUUAAAACAGAUCCAAAUGCAAAUGUUAAAGAUUUUAUUGAUAAUUUAAUUUAUUUAUUUGAAUCAUGUGGAUGUUCUCCAUUUGCAUCUACAAAUGCUCUAUUUUUACAUGUUAUUAGUGAAUUAAAAGGUCCAUUUGAAAUGAAACAAUUUUAUUUGGAAAUGAAGAGAAAUAAUUUAAUACUUGAUAUUAGAUCAUUUAAUUUAUAUUUGGAAGCUUUAUUAAAUACUGAAGGUUCAAAUUCAAUGUGGAAAUAUUUUAAUACUUGUCAAACAAGUACUGAAAUUAUUAAAAUUAAUCCAGAUAUUGAUACUCUUCAUAUUUUAAUUAGAUCUAUUAGAGAUUUUAAUGAUAUGGAAUUUAUUUUAUCUAAAUAUAGACAAUUUAUUGAUAGUACUAGAUAUUUAUCACCAAAACUUUCAAAACAAAAAACAUCAAAGAAUUCACCACAAUUAAAAGAGGAAAUUAUUUCUUCAAUUUUAGAUGCAAUUGAAUCAAAGGAAUCAUUAAUUAAUAGUAAUCAAACUUUUGCAAGAAUUGAACAAAUGAAAGAUUAUUUACAAAAGGCUUUAUUUUCAUUCAUUGAAUAA